AUGGUAAUGGAAAACCAGAACCGCCCAUAUGGCGGCAUGAGUUUCGACAAUGUCUACCACCACACGCAGCCACAAUUCACAGACCCCUGGGCGGCCGCGCAUACCUCCUCGCACUCGACCCCGCCCAUUUACGCGACAUCCAUGGGCAACAGCGCCAGCAUCCCCAUCAACCCCGUCAAGCCAGAGGAAGUCGGCCGCUCCGCGGCCAUGUCCAUGCCCUACCCCAACAUCCCCGUGUCGGCACCCUCACUCGUGCCGGGCAGCAAUUACGCCGCGACCGGCUAUGGCCCGGAGGUGAUGGGCAUGCAACACGAGGUUCCGCGCACCGGCUUCGAGCAGACCUCCACGUACACCACCGCGCCGCCCAUGAGCAGCUUCGCCCCGGCCAGCUACGCGCCAGGCACCUACGCCCCGAUUCACCCCUCCCAGCCCCAGGACAUCCGUCGCAUUUCGCAUUCAGACCGUGUGGGAUCCUCCCAAGCACCCGCGCCCACUCCCACCUUCGGGGACGCGCUCGACGCCAGUCGUGGGAUGGUGGCGCUCAGCCAGGACCUGACACCCCGUAACAUCUACGGUCCUCGCGGCGCGCGAGGCUCCGCGGAUUCCUACGGUUUCCCCUCGACGCACUCCUCCGCCUCCUCCAUUUCCUCCGGCAGCAACUACCCUUACUACAGCGCCUCCGUGGGCUCCGUCGACUCCUCCGUGACCGACUACAGCUCGACGACAUCGGAAUCGUACGAGUCUCGCACGCUUCCCCGCCCGACCAGCCUCCUGGCGGGCAGCGCCCCGCCCGGCCCCCAAUCCAUGAUGAGCCAGUUCAGCUCCAAGAUGCCCUCCAACACGCAAAAGAAGCACAAGUGCAAGGUCUGCGACAAGCGGUUCACGCGUCCUUCCUCGCUCCAGACGCAUAUGUACAGCCACACUGGCGAGAAGCCGUUCGCGUGCGACGUUGACGGCUGCGGGCGCCACUUCUCAGUGGUCUCCAACCUGCGCCGACACAAGAAGGUGCACAAGGGCGAGAAGGAAGGCGGCUCUCCCGACGACGACGAGUAA